AGGUGUCUCCGGGAGACACGGGCUGGGACGUGUUCAGCCUCGAUUAUCACGUGGACGGCCCCAUCGCCACGGUGUUCACGCAGGAGUGCAUGAUGCAGUACCUGCGCGUGUUUAACUUCCUGUGGAGAGCCAAGCGCAUGGAGUAACUCGCUCACCGACAUCUGGAAGGCGCAGAUGUGUCACAGCAAGCUUCUGCGCAGCAUGCCUGAGCUGUCGGGCGUCCUGCAGCAGAGCUACGUGCUGGCGUCCGAGAUGAUGCACUUCAUCCACCAGAUGCAGUACUACAUCACCUUCGAGGUGCUGGAGUGCUCGUGGGACCGCCUGCUCACCCAGGUACGAGCGGCACCUGACCUGGACCAUGUGAUCGCGGCCCACCAGGAGUUCCUCUCCUCCUGCGUCUCUCGCUGUCUCCUCGACGCAGACUCACGGCUGAUGCUGGCCCAGCUCAGGGCGAUCUUCGACCAGAUUGUGCAGUUCCAGGCGGCGCAGGAGGGCAUGCAGCGCACCGCCCUGCAGGAGCUGCAGCUGCGCCUGCAGCACCAGGAGGAGGUCGCGGGGCGCCAGCGCUCGGGCGAGUGGGGCACCACGGAGGCGCGAGAGCGUCACGAGGAGCUGAGAAUCUCCGAGUUCCGUUCCCAUUUUGUGUCCAAGACUCGCUCGCAACUCCGUGUGCUCACGCAGUCCUACCAGGACAUCGUGCAGCAGUUCCUGGUGAUGUUGACGCGCAGCGCCGACGAGAGUCUCCGCUUCCUCUCGUUCCGCCUCGACUUCAACGAGCACUACCGGGCGCGCAACCCUCACCUGCGCCUCUCCCUGGGCAGCGCACGCAGCCAGCGCCGGGCGCCACCGCACUGAGAGAGACGGGGAGAGAGACGGGGGGAGACGGGGAGAGGGGGAGAGAGAGAGGGA